AUGGAUAGUUUUAAUGCCCCUGGGUCGAUCGCCCGUGCAGUGGCCAAAAGCGAGAUCGAAGGGCUCUUUCACCGCUAUGCAGUCCUUGCAACGGAAGCACCGUCCGUUGAGAAGAUGUCCACCUUGUUUAGGGAGGACGCUGUCUAUCGCCUCCCGAACGGCAAUGCCGUGGCGCCAGCGCAGCUUCUCCAAGUCCUCCGUGGAGGGAGUCCCGCCUUCAUACGUCAUCACAUUACCAGCAUCGAUAUCGAGUUUGUCAGCCCAAGUGAAGCGCGCACUCAGGCUUUCUUCUUUUCCAUCACCGAUAUGUCGAGUUUCGAUCAUUGGGGUCUCUGGAAGGAUAUCGUGAUCAAAGGCGGAGAUGGAAAGUGGCUGAUAGCGGAUCGGACGAUUGUCGUGCAAGGACAAGAUCCCAAGGGCUGGUACCAGAAAACUUAUGGGUAA